AAUUCUUCAUUCCGGUGCUGUUAAUUUGUGUCACAAUUGAACUCACCGUUUGACAAGCAUGACCCUCCACCUGCUUCGCAAGCUCUCCACUAAGCCUCUUCAACGCAGACUGUCCACACGCGCCAUCCCGACGCUGCUGACGGAGGAAGAGCGCACUGUCGGCUUCCAGCAGAUCACCAGCGCCUGGGAAGUCGUGCCCAACCGCGACGCGAUCCGCCGCAAAUUCGAGUUCCGCGACUUCAACGAGGCCUGGGGCUUCAUGAACCGCACAGCGCUGCUGGCCGAGCAAAUGGGCCACCACCCGGAGUGGUUCAACGUGUACAACCGCGUGGACGUGACGCUCAGCACACACGACUGCGGCGGUCUGUCCCAGAACGACAUUGACAUGGCCAUCGCCAUGAACAGCUACGCCCAGGCGGUAUAAGGCUCUAGUAACCCAAUGAAGAAGCUAACGAAAUGAGUACUAGCAUUGCGUUAUCUAUACUUAUGGUUUUUCUACUAGUGCAGG